CUAAAUUUCGCGUCGAGUCCGAAAAUAGCGGUUUUCUAGAUAGAGAGAGCGGAAGAAGCAAAGUUCCCUCUGUCUCUCUCUUCCCCUUUCUGUCUGUUUGAAGCAAAUUUUCGAUCUUCUCUGCAAGUUUCUUCGGAUCUAAAGUUAGGGCUUUUUGAUUUAUUAUAAGGUAUUCAUUGUUAGGGUUUUGAUUCAAGUUCGAUUGUAUGGUUUGAUUUUUUAUGGCCUGAAAAAUCUUGAUUACGCAAUGAGGAAGAAGCUUGAUACUCGUUUUCCUGCGUCUAGGAUUAAGAAGAUAAUGCAAGCAGAUGAGGAUGUUGGGAAGAUUGCAAUGGCUGUGCCGCUCUUAGUCUCUAAAGCACUGGAAUUAUUUCUCCAAGAUCUCUGUGAUAGGACAUAUGAUAUCACCCUUCAAAGAGGAGCAAAGACCAUGAGUUCGUUGCAUUUAAAGCAAUGUGUUCAAAGUUUCAAUGUGUUUGAUUUCCUUAAAGAGACUGUCAGCAAGGUCCCAGAUUUAGGGGGUUCCGAUGCUGCUGGUGAUGACAGGCAUGUUUCUAGGAGAAGGAAAGCUGCAGAUGAUGAAGACCAUGAUAGCGAUGAAGAGGCAAAGAGAACAAGGAUGCAAGAAGCAGGUCAUAGUAGUACAAGUGGCAGAGGAAGGGGAAGGGGGCGUGGAAGAGGUCGGGGCCGAGGUCGAGCAAUUGAGAGAGAAAGCACCCAUGCUGAGAAAUGCGAAGAUGAUCUUGACAUGUCUCCUCAAGAUGACAAGCAGAAGCUGAAUACCAAGAGGCUUGACAAUGGGGCUGAGGACGAUGAAUCGAGGCAAAGCACUGCACUCGAUAGCAGCGGUAACCAAGUGUUGCGGAACUUCGACCUAAAUGUGGAGUUGCAGGAUGGGCACACCAGUGCACAUCCUGUUUCCAGAGAGCUUCCUCCAGAGUUGAAGCAUGAAGAAUAUCCAGGUUGGUCUCUCGCCGAUGUGGACAAGAUGGCCAUUGACCCACUGCAGCUUGCUCAACUGAACCAGAAGAUAGGUGAAGAUGAGGAUUAUGAUGAAGAAGGAUAGAGAUAAGGUAAUCACGACUCUGUCCCAGGUUUCCAGCACACACAGGCAUGCUUCCGUAGGAUGACGGCUAUAUUGUAUGGUGGUUUGCCUGUAUUGGUGUGGUUGUGUUGCACUUUACCCAGCAAUGCUCGCUGUUAAAUGGGUAUUCCUUUUUCUUUUCUCCUCAAUGGCGCCUAGAGCGUAUGCAUGUGAUAAGGGAUUCAAUACUUGCUGCCUCGGCUUAGUUAACAUGACAAUUCUAGGUUUCAUGCCAUGGGGAUGAACAGAAUGUUUCGUGCAGGAGAAAAUGUACAGAAAUUUGCUCAGAAGAUGUCAGAGCAUGGAUUACAAAGAUUUUGGCGUUUCAUGUUAGAAGGCUAAGAAAUCGGGUCAAGCGGAACAUUAGGCAAAAUUGCAAAGAAGAAGGAAACUUUUGGGUUGCAAAAUGAAGUAAGAAACUUUAAGGCUGCCCGAUGAAGUGCAACACACAUACAUUUUGUCAGAGUUUGGCAAGUCAAAAGGAGUUCCAUUUUAUGUAUUCCUGGGCAAGACUGUUCCUCAUGUCAAUUUGGCCCUUCUAACUUCAUUAAUGUCAGCAAGGUAUCAGUUGAUGGACCACAGCAGAAGUAACACCCACACCAGAUAAAAUCGCUGCAUUCUUUUGCAUUUGUCUUGUAAUUUCUAACAAUAGUUAUACGGCUUCCAAGAUGACUAAAUUCCUGAUCCUACUACCAUAAUUUUAAAUUUACCAUCU